AUGGGCUUCUCCACCUUGCUGGCCAGCACUCUGUGCACUGUCCUGCUGCCCCUGCUGCUCUUCCUGGCCGCGGUGAAGCUGUGGAAUCUGUACUGCGUGAGCGGCCGGGAGCCCGGCGGCAGCUUGCCGCUGCCCCCAGGCACCAUGGGGCUCCCUUUUUUCGGGGAGACGCUGCAACUGGUGCUGCAGCGGCGGAAGUUUCUCCAGAUGAAGCGUCGGAAAUACGGGUUUAUCUACAAGACCCACCUCUUCGGGCGCCCCACCGUGCGGGUGAUGGGGGCCGAGAACGUGCGGCACAUCCUGCUCGGGGAGCAUCGGCUGGUGUCGGUGCAGUGGCCGGCCUCGGUACGCACUAUCCUGGGGUCGGGCUGCCUCUCCAACCUGCACGACGGGCAGCACAAGCACCGCAAAAAGGUGAUCAUGAAGGCUUUCUCCCGGGAGGCCCUGCAGCACUACGUCCCCGGCAUCCAGGAGGAGGUGAACGCCUGCCUGGCGCGCUGGCUGCGCAGCGGCGGCUCCUGCCUCCUGGUUUACCCCGAAGUGAAGCGCCUCAUGUUCCGCAUCGCCAUGAGGAUCCUGCUGGGCUUCGAGCCGCGUCACACGGACCAGGACAGCGAGCAGCAGCUGGUGGAGGCCUUUGAGGAGAUGAUCCGCAACCUCUUUUCCCUGCCCAUCGAUGUGCCCUUCAGCGGGCUUUACCGGGGCCUGCGGGCGCGGAACUUCAUCCACGCCAAGAUCGAGGAAAACAUCCGGGCGAAGAUGGCCCGUAAGCAGCCCGCGGGCGGCUGUAAGGACGCGCUGCAGCUGCUGAUGGAGCACACGCAGGACAACGGGGAGCCGCUGAACAUGCAGGAGCUAAAAGAAUCGGCAACAGAACUUCUGUUUGGAGGGCAUGAAACCACGGCCAGUGCUGCCACAUCUCUAAUCACCUUCUUAGGUCUUCACCGGGCUGUUCUGCAAAAAGUGAGAAAGGAGCUACAAAUGAAGGGUUUAUUGUGCAGCAUGAACCAAGAUGACAAACAACUGGAUAUAGAAGUCUUGGAACAGCUGAAGUACACAGGCUGUGUCAUCAAAGAGACCCUUAGGCUGAGUCCACCAGUACCUGGAGGAUUUCGAGUUGCGCUCAAGACUUUUGAGUUAAAUGGUUACCAGAUUCCUAAAGGUUGGAACGUUAUCUACAGUAUCUGUGAUACACAUGAUGUUGCAGACUUCUUCACCAACAAGGAUGAAUUUGACCCUGAUCGCUUCAUGUCUCCCUCUCCAGAAGAUUCCUCCAGGUUCAGUUUCAUCCCUUUCGGAGGAGGCUUGAGAAGCUGUGUGGGCAAAGAGUUUGCAAAAAUCCUUCUCAAAAUAUUUACUGUGGAGUUGGCUCGGAAUUGUGACUGGCAGCUGUUAAAUGGACCUCCUACAAUGAAAACUGGUCCCAUAGUGUAUCCAGUGGACAACUUGCCUACCAAAUUCAUAGGUUUCAAUGGCCAAAUCUGA